AACCCCGGAACUGCCAGAGAGCAAGACCCAGCCAAACCUGCUGCGCCUAUUCGAACUUCAGAACAUUUGAUAUACAGGUUUUUGGUGUUCAGGAACUGAUGGGGCUUUUUUUUUUUUUUUUGGGGGGGGACAACGUCAGCUGAGGUAACCUGUAGUAACUUUAGGCCAUGGGAGGAUCUGCAACUCGAACUGGUCAUGGCACGCUGCUCCUGCUGCUCUUGGUCUACGGCGGCCUCUGCUGUAUGCAGCAAAAGCAAAAUAAGAUGGCUCAAGGGACCGACUGCUCUCAUAUCAAGACCAAGUUCCCCAGAGCGCGCAGUGGGAUCUACAGGAUCCAGCCGGCCUCACUCAGGCAGCCUUUCCAGGUGUACUGCGAGAUGGUGGGGGACAAGGGAUGGACAGUAUUUCAGAGACGAACCGGGUCAACCGUGUCCUUCAGGCGGAACUGGGCCGGGUAUAAAGUGGGAUUUGGGAAUUUGCAAGGGGACCACUGGCUGGGGCUCGAGAAGGUGCGGGCUCUCACGCAGGACAGCAGGUACAAGUGGACUCUGCGAGUGGACCUGUGGGACUUUGAGGGGGGGUCCGCCUAUGCUGAGUACAGAGACUUCAAGUUGGCCAGUGAGCAGGAGGCUUAUAAACUGACGGUUGGGGCUUACACAGGGACUGCAGGCGAUGCCAUCCGUGGUGCCUAUCAGGGAAUUGACCAGAAUGGCUACGGCUUCAGCACCAAGGACAGGGACAAUGACGGCUGCUCUCCUUGCAUCUUCGGCGACAUUGCGGAGAACAGCUGCAGUUGGUCCGAGGGGAGCGGCGGCUGGUGGUACAGCCGUUGUGGCUCAGCCAGCCUGCACGGGGACUGGCAUCCAGCGGGGGAUAACAAGGGCUGGGCAUCAGGUCUCCACUGGCUCACCUGGAAAGGCCCUGGUCCAUACUCUGCCAAGGCCACGCGCAUGAGGGUCCGAGCCGAAUGAGGGGCUCACAGUCCAUUGUGAGAUGACAGUUAAAUGACCUCACAUUCCUACAAUGCUCUGCUGCAGUUACAAUAUCUAUUUCGGGAUCUUUGCUUCCACACUUCUGUGGUUUCAGAUGUUUGUUUGUGAUGCGUUCAAAACCCAUUAAAGCAAUCC